AUGGCGUCGUCGACACCGACGCCCGCGGCGCGCGCGGCGCCGCCGAAGAGCGCGUACUUUGAGAACGACGUCGAAUUCGCCGUCGACGACGCGCCCGAGACCCCGCGCGCGAUGCUCGAACGACGUCCCGAGGGCGUGUACACGGUCGGGAUCGCGCGUCGCGCGCGCUCGGAGCGCGACGAUGGCGAUGACGCUCGCGGUGCGCCCGACGUCGCCCGCGCGUUCGCGCUCGAGGACGAGGACGGGCAUUACGCGCGGUUGGCGAGCGCGGCGGCGCGCGCGAGCGCGAGCGCGGCGUUGCGGCGCGUGGGGGGAGAUCCACGGUGGAUGGACGUGCAGACGUGCGUGGUGACGAUUCUAGCGCAUCGUGAACGCGCGUCGGAGACGGAGACGGAGACGGUGGACGUUUUGAUUCAGCCCAGAGGAACGGACGGCGGCGGCGAAUCGAACGCUCGAGAGCGCGGCGUUGGCGUGUUGAUCGAUCUCGAUGCGGCGCGGGAGACGAGUCCGAGGCAUCCGCAUGAAUUAAAAUACUCGGCUUGGGCGCGCGAGCGCGUGCCCUUUGAGCGAAGAUUGGCGGAAUGGAACGCGGCGCAUCCGAACGACGCGUGCGUCGAGUACGUGAUGACGCGCAAAGUGAAACCAGAGGGAUCGAACGAGUGGGAGCACGAGUGUUUGGAAGGUUUGACGACGAACUUCGCGACUUUGAAGAUGGAUGAGAAGCGAGAGACGCUCUACGCCGCUCGAGACGAAGUGCUCGAAGGUUUAGCCAUGGGACUGCUGAAGAGUUGCGUCGAUGCGACGGACGCGGGACGCGGCGCGUACGUCAGCGAAUUGCUCGCGAACGCGUUUGCGGCGACAUUUUUGACGAACGCACUCAAAGGAUGCGUCGCGGUAGACUUUGUCAUCGUCAUCGAUGGCGAGACGACGCGUCGCGUCGAGUUUCCAAAAUCUCUCGAUCGAGCGAAGCGAAUCGGCGCCGCGAUCGAUCAGCGGCGACGAGAUUUCGCGGCGUGA